CGAUAUUUGUUUGUUGGCCCGUGGUUCUGUGUGAGAGAGAGCAGCAGGAGGAAGACUGGUGCCUUUCUUUAGAGCUGACGGGGACGGACAGAUAACGAAUACGUGGUCAUACCCGAUUCACUCUGCUUCUGAGUCGCGCCGGUCAAAAGUUCACUUUUGGAAGACGUAAAAAUGGGGUUCCGCAAAAAGACCAACAAGAACCCGCCGGUGUUGAGCCACGAGUUUAUCAUCCAGAACCAUGCAGAUAUUGUUUCCUGUGUUGCUAUGGUGUUCCUCCUCGGGUUGAUGUUUGAGGUCACCUCGAAGGUUGCAGUGCUGUUCAUCACUGUCCAAUACAACGUUACAAUCUCUGCAAACGAGGGCCUGCCAGAGGAGAGCGUGGUGAACCACUUCCACCACGGUCUGAAGGAUGUGGCUACAGUCUUCUUCUACAUGCUGGUGGCCAUCAUUAUCCACGCCAUCAUUCAGGAGUAUGUACUGGACAAGAUCAACCGGAAGAUGCACUUCUCUAAGACCAAGCACAGCAAGUUCAACGAGUCAGGCCAGCUCUCUGUCUUCUACCUGUUCUCCUUCGGAUGGGGAACCAACAUCCUCAUGUCGGAGAACUUCCUGUCCAACCCAGUGAAUCUGUGGGAAGGCUACCCUCAUACCUUGAUGCCGUUCCAGAUGAAGUUCUUUUUCAUCUGUCAGAUGGGCUACUGGCUUCACGCUCUCCCCGAGCUCUACUUCCAGAAGACCAAGAAAGAGGAUAUUCCUCGUCAGUUGGUGUAUAUCGCUCUGUACUUGGUCCACAUCGCAGGAGCCUACAUCCUCAAUCUGAAUCGUCUGGCUCUGGUCCUGCUGGUGUUGCACUGCUUUGUAGAGCUUCUCUUCCACGUGUCCCGCCUGGUCUACUUCAGCAACGAGAAGAGACAGACUGGGUUUACUGUCUGGGCAGUACUGUUUGUUCUUGGACGGCUGCUCACCCUGUCCCUGUCUGUCCUGACUGUGGGUUUCGGCCUGGCCAACGCUGAUCAACAGGUACUGGACCUGGCCAACGGAAACUUCAAUGUACUCUUCGUUCGGAUCACUGUGCUGGCGACCAUCUGUGUGACUCAGGCCUUCAUGAUGUGGAAGUUCAUCAACUUCCAGCUGAGGAGGUGGAGAGAGCAGGCCCAGGCCCAGCCCGUGAAACCCAAGAAGCCCCAAGCUCCCAAGAGCAAGUCCAAGAAAGACAAAGCCAAUGGAAUGAACGGAGUAAGUUCCAACGGAGCUGAUUCGCCGAGAUCAAAGAAAGAGAAGUCCUCAUAAAGUCCCCCCUCAACCCUCCUACCCACCCCAAAAAGACUCCCUUUUAUCCUGUCCCCCUCUACCCCUCCAACCCCUACCCACCCCAAAAAGACUCCCUUUUAUCCUGUCCCCCUCUACCCCUCCCCACCCCAAAAAGACUCCCUUUUAUCCUGUCCCCCUCUACCCCUCCAACCCCUACCCACCCCAAAAAGACUCCCUUUUAUCCUGUCCCCCUCUACCCCUCCCCACCCCAAAAAGACUCCCUUUUAUCCUGUCCCCCUCUACCCCUCCAACCCCUACCCACCCCAAAAAGACUCCCUUUUAUCCUGUCCCCCUCAGGCUGCACCCAGCCUUCUCAUGCCACUGAUCUAGCUGUUGUCAACAGCCCAAUCCCAAAUCCACCCCUAGACCCUAUGCCAGGGAUCAGGCCAAGUUUUUUUUUCUUGAGUAGAUGGUCAGGGGGCCGGAGCAUAAUUACAAAUAAUUUGAAGACUUCAAAUUGACCGCAAAGAAGCCCAAACUGAUAGAAUAUUUGACUAAAACAUAAUAAUUUCAAACCUUGCUUACGUUUCUAUACAAUCACUUUGGAACAUAUUUCUAAAAUUUAAAAUGACUUGGAGCUGAUUGGCUGGUGUUUCUAGUCUUAUUUCCAACAAUAAAAACUUUUUGAAUUUUUUUGUCAACUAUGGGCCUCCAGUUGGGGAACCCUGUUGACAUAAGCACUUCUGAAGAUCAACAUGUAUUGAAUUGGUAUAAGCAGUAUGGUGAAACUUCAACCUAGAUCUUAUCUGAAGGACUACAGCUCCUCCCAGUAGGACUACAAACUCCACAAUGCAUCUUAGCUUUAUCUGCUCCUUGCCAAUCUCAAGUGAUCCCAAUUUUCCCAUAUUGUCACGUGCCAUUACUACAGAGAAAAAAAUUACAAAAAUAAAAUAUAUAUAUAACUUAUUUAAGUGCCUAUUGAUACAGAUUGUUUUGUACAGUUUUAAAAUUUCAGGAAUGAUGGAGAAAAAAAAUCAGUGUUUUCAUCUGUUUCUAAAGUCAAACAUUUCAUAUGCCAUUUUUUUUCAACAUUUUUAUUUAUCAGACUGUAUACUGUAUGACAUUCUGUUUCUUUAACAAAAGGGCUUCUUGAAUUCAUUCCCAUCUGUUUGGAAUCACUAGCAGAGAAACUCCAUGCCCCUGCCUACUUUCCCUCAGUCUGUAUCAGAGGUUUAGUUACAUUGUUUUUUUUUAUUUUUCCAGUAUUUGAAAUGGCUUCAUUCCCCCUUGUUUCCUUUCCUUCAUCAACACAAGGGUUACUAGACUGGAUAGGAUUCAUUAGUUUCCACCAUAGUGCUUUAACCUACCAGUUUGUGUGUCCCAAAUACCAUCUUAUUCCCAAUAUAGUGCUCCACUUUUGACCAGAGCUGUAUUGAUCCUGGUCAAAAGUAGUGUACUACAUAAGGAAUAGGGUCCCAUUUGAGUCCCAGACAUUCUCUUAGGACACUGGCAGUGAGAACGCAGGGACAGGGAACAAGGAUAGGAAGGCCAUUCUAGAGAAUUUUGAGUUUUAAUUUACUUUUCAAGCCUUUUGCGUUGGUGCUGUAAAAAAAAAAAAAAAAAAAAACGUCCCAGGCCCU